AUGUUUCAUGCAAGGUUCACGAGCAGAGAAUUAACGUGGUGGAAGCGUAGUGAAAUGGAUUUUUUACAUUCUAUAAAAUUUUAUUCGGACAAAACUCCGAAAAAUAUUGUAACAAAGCAAGAAGCAGUUGAUUGGGCAGAACGUUUACAAACAACACGUCGUUCAAUUAUCGAUCAAUUGAGUCGGUUAAAGAUCGAAGAAAUGUACCUGAGAAAUUUAUCAAUUAAACAUGAAAAUGAUCAGACUGAUGUUACAAAAGAGGAUCAAAAUCUAAGACUAAAUCGAUUAACAACCGAUGUUCCUACAACAACAAUAAAGAGGACAGUUGAAAAAUAUGAAUAUUCCGAUGAAGAUGAUAAAAGCGAACGUUUAACUAAACGAGCUCGUCUCUUUGCUCAUAAUGAAUUUGUUGAAGAAAAAAUAAUUAAUGAAACUCCGCUUGAUCUUGAUUUAUAA